GGAACUUAGUCUGUUAACCCGUCCGCUGCGGUUGGCACGGGUUUGGAUUUCACUGUUAGCCUAGUAUCAUAUAUAUAGUUUCAUGUCUUUCUCUGUCUCUGUGGUGGAUAGUGGAGUGUUUCCCAUGUGGUAUUGGUGUGCUGUAUAUCCUCUCCCAAGGUGCAGGACUGCAUUUUCUUCAUUGAAUUGUAGCAGCCACUUUUUGUUCCACUCCUGUAGCUUGAUGAGGUCUUCUGCUAGGAAAUGCACAUUCAAGGGGACAAAUAUACUUUUCCCAUUUCAUUUCAACAGUAAAUUUUAAUGUAAGUGGAGUUUUUCCAUGUCGAGAAUAUGCUAACAGCUCCUCAUUUUCAUUUUCCAUUUCCAUCUUGCAGCACUCACGGUCAACGGCACUGCCCAUACACUCAGUCCACCCUGGCGGGGACCUCACCAAUGACCUCCAUGAAAACAGGGUCCCAGACAAGCCAGUUGGUCUGAAGGCCGUGGCGCUGACUGACCACAUCAGGGUGUGCUGGCAGCCCCCCGCACAGCACAAUGUGAUGCUGUGCGGCUACACCAUUGCCUGGGACCGAGGCGUGGCGGACAUCUACUCCAAGAUCGUGGACAGCAAGCAGCGCGGUUACUUCAUUGAUAAGCUGGAACCCAACAUGGAGUUUGUGAUAAGCCUGCGAGCCUUCAACAACGUGGGUGACGGGCAACCGGUGUACCAGCAAGUCCGCACCCAGCCAGAGGAGGAGGAGGUGGUGGCACCCACGCUGGACCCGGCGGUGUGGGUGAAGGCCGUGGUGCUGACACCCUUCACCGUGGUGCUGCAGUGGGCGGACACCAUGCUGAGCCAGAACCAGUACAACAGCUGCACCACCUUCUCGUCCUCAUCCUCCAGCCGCUACGUCAACGCCACGGAUGUGACCUGCCUCAUUGACAGCCUCAAGCCAUCAACAGUGUGUUUGGCGUGAGUCCCCCUAUAGCCUGGUGGCCUCCAACACCCUGCUGGUGGCCCGGCCGUCCUGGCCCUCCCUGGCCAGCCAUCCACCACCACCUUCACCCGGCAGCCGUCCACCACCACCUUCACCCGGCAGCCAUCCAC